UCGCCUCAAACAAAGGAACGGCGCAAAAAACAAUCCAAAAUCAAAAUCUUCACUCUCACACUUUUGCCUCCACCCACAAGCACACACAGAGGGAGAAGAGAACCCUCUUCCGUCUUCUUCUAAAUCUCCGACCACCCAAUACCCAAUUGCCCAUUAACCCAGACCCGGCUUUCUUGCCCUCAGCUCCGGCCAUUUCCUCAUGACUCUAUAAUGACCCAAAAGGGUUUCCGGCGGACCCAGAGCUCUGAACCCCAAGAAGGCACGAAACCCACCACCAGUUCUGGCGGAGGAGGGACCGCCAUGAGAGUUAUUGUGCCUCUGCAAGGUGUGGUUCAAGGUAGGGGAGGCCUUGUUCUCGGCUCGGUUAUACCUUGCGCUCUUUUCUACUUCUUGCAACUCUACCUCAAAAGGAACCGCCGCGACCCCAACCCACCUCCCGGAGGACCUCCUCCGUCGCCGGAAGGUAGCUCGUCUCCCGGUCCUUCUCCGUCGGCGUCUACGGCGCAGUUGACGGAGGUUCCGAUUUUGCCCCGUUCCUUGUCUCGGAUUCAUCUCUCGCCGAGAAGCUCCUGCGCGCCGGCUUACGUGUCGGGUCGGGCAAAUUCGAUUGUGAAGGGUGACGAUGAUUCUUCGCCCUACUAUGUUGGGUUGAAGAAGGUCUCGGAGGAUCCGUACCACGAGUUGGAUAAUCCGAAUGGCGUUAUCCAACUUGGUUUGGCCGAAAACAAGUUGUCGUUGGACUUGGUUCGGGAUUGGCUGGUGGAGAAUGUGGGAGAGGCUAUGUUGGGUGGAGGAGGAGGAGGAGGAAGUGGUUCGGAGCUGAGUAUUAGUGGGAUUGCAAGUUACCAGCCUUUUGAUGGCUUGUUGGAAUUGAAAAUGGCUGUAGCAGGUUUCAUGUCUCAGGCUAUGGGAAAUGCAGUUUCCUUCAACCCCUCCCAACUAGUGUUGACAGCUGGAGCAUCCCCUGCAAUUGAAAUUCUGAGCUUCUGCCUAGCCGACAGUGGAAAUGCAUUUCUUGUUCCAACGCCAUAUUACCCAGGUUUGGACAGGGAUGUAAAAUGGAGAUCUGGAGUGGAGAUAAUACCUGUCCCAUGCCGUAGUGCUGAUAACUUUAGUUUAAGUGUAACUGCUCUUGACCGAGCAUUCAGCCAUGCAAAGAAACGUGGUUCAAAAAUUCGUGGGAUUAUAAUUUCGAAUCCUUCAAAUCCUGUUGGCAAUCUGCUCAAUCGGGAAACUCUUUACAGCCUUCUAGACUUUGCCAGAGAGAAGAACAUUCAUAUAGUCUCAAAUGAAAUACUUGCUGGGUCCACUCAUGGAAGUGAAGAGUUUGUAAGUAUGGCACAAAUAAUUGAAUUGGAAGAUCUUGACAAGAACAGAGUGCAUAUAGUAUAUGGUCUAUCAAAUGACCUCUCUCUGCCAGGGUUUGGGGUGGGUGUAAUCUACUCCUUCAAUCGCGAUGUUCUGGCAGCUGCUAAAAAGUUGACAAGGUUCUCAUCCAUCUCAGCUCCAUCCCAGCAGUUGCUUUUCUCAAUGCUUUCAGAUACAAAAUUUGUUCAAAAAUUCAUCGAGAUAAAUGGACAAAGGCUUCGACGAAUGUACUCUAAAUUUGUUGCAGGGUUGAAGCAAUUAGGCAUUAAGUCCACAAAAAGCGAUGGGGGCUUCUACUGUUGGGCAGACAUGAGUGGGUUAAUCCCUUCUUACAGUGAGAAAGGGGAGCUAGAGCUCUGGGAAAAAUUGUUGAGUGUGGCUAAGAUCAAUGUAACUCCUGGAUCUUCUUGUCAUUGUAUUGAACAUGGAUGGUUCCGUUUCUGUUUUACUACCUUGACUGAAAAUGAUAUUCCUAUUGUUAUCGAACGAAUUCGGAAAAUAUCCGAAAAUUGUAAAUCUCAUAGUUGAAAUGUCAUUUAUUCAUUAUACAA